AUUUUUGUCUCGAUUCGGUUUUCUUUCUUACCCUCUGGACUCUUUCCAAUAACUCUGCAAAGAGAUAAAAUUUUUAUAAAAAGUACGUACUAUUCAGAGCAGUUGAAGAGCAAAAACCAGUGCGAAAUCAAGGACAGGUGCCGGUUUUUCUCGAUCAACAUCUUUUCUCCAAUCACGUUUCGUCAUUCGAUUCUUUCACUUUUGUUUGAUGUUAUCAUUUGGAGAUUUCUGUACAUUGCUCGAGUUCUGAAGCUUUCGUCAUGGCGACUCCGAAGAAAUUUGCCCGCAUCCCCAGCGUUAGAGAGCGCGUGGAGGACACUCUCUCCGCUCACCGUAACGAACUUGUUUCUCUCCUCUCGAGGUACGUUGAUCAGGGAAAAGGGAUUUUACAACCUCAUCAUUUGAUCGAUGAACUCGAGAACAUCAUUGGAGACGAUGAAGGUAAACUGCAUCUCUCCACUGGACCAUUCGGCGAGAUCCUCAAAUCUGCUCAGGAAGCUAUUAUUCUGCCGCCAUUUGUUGCAAUUGCUGUUCGCCCCAGACCUGGUGUCUGGGAGUAUGUGCGAGUCAAUGUCCACGAACUCAGUGUCGAGCAAUUAAGUGUGUCCGAGUAUCUUCACUUUAAGGAAGAGCUUGUGCAGGGACAGUUUAAUGAAAAUUUUGUACUCGAGCUUGACUUUGAGCCGUUUAAUGCAAACUUUCCUCGCCCCAUCCGAUCCUCAUCCAUCGGGAAUGGUGUUCAGUUCCUUAACCGUCAUCUGUCGUCGAUUAUGUUCCGCAACAGGGACUCUUUGGAGCCAUUGCUUGAUUUCCUUCGAGCCCACAAAUAUAAAGGGAGUGGGUUAAUGUUGAAUGAUCGAAUACAAAGCCUAUCCCAACUACAGUCUGCAUUAUCAAAGGCUGAGGAUUACCUUUCUAAGUUACCACCUGAUUCGCCACAUUCCGACUUUGAAUAUGUAUUACAAGGAAUGGGUUUUGAUAGGGGUUGGGGUGAUACCGCAGGGCGAGUGCUAGAGACAAUGCAUCUUCUCUUGGAUAUCCUUCAAGCUCCUGAUCCCUCUGCAUUAGAAACAUUUCUGGGGAGAAUUCCAAUGGUGUUUAAUGUUGUUAUUUUAUCUCCACAUGGUUACUUUGGUCAGGCCAAUGUUUUAGGUCUACCUGACACUGGUGGCCAGGUAGUUUAUAUUUUAGACCAAGUGCGUGCUCUGGAGGAGGAAAUGAUUCUUAGAAUCAAGAAGCAGGGGUUAGAUAUAACUCCUAGAAUUUUAAUUGUUACCAGGUUAAUACCUGAUGCCAAGGGAACUACAUGCAAUCAGCAUCUGGAAAAAGUCAGCGGAACUGAGCAUUCACACAUUUUGCGUGUUCCUUUUAGGUCAGAAAAAGGAAUUCUACGUAAAUGGAUUUCAAGGUUUGAUGUAUGGCCGUAUCUAGAGACCUUUGCUGAGGAUGUGGCAAGUGAAAUUAUAGCUGAGUUGCAGGGUAUUCCAGAUUUUAUUAUUGGAAACUACAGUGAUGGAAAUCUCGUCGCAUCUUUAUUGGCAUAUAAAAUGGGAGUUACUCAGUGCACUAUAGCUCAUGCGUUGGAGAAGACGAAAUAUCCUGAGUCAGACAUAUAUUGGAAAAACUUUGAGGAGAAAUAUCACUUCUCAUGUCAAUUCACUGCCGACUUAAUAGCCAUGAAUAAUGCAGAUUUUAUCAUCACCAGUACAUACCAGGAGAUUGCUGGAACGAAGAACACGGUUGGUCAAUAUGAGAGCCACACUGCUUUUACGCUUCCUGGGCUCUAUAGAGUUGUCCACGGAAUUGAUGUCUUUGACCCGAAGUUCAAUAUAGUUUCUCCUGGAGCAGACAUGACAAUUUAUUUUCCAUACUCUGAAAAGCAGUUAAGGCUUACAGCUUUACAUGAGUCACUGGAGAAGUUAUUGUAUGAUCCGGAACAAAAUGACGAACAUGUUGGUGCGAUAAAUGAUAGGUCGAAACCUUUGAUCUUUACUAUGGCAAGAUUAGAUAAAGUAAAAAACAUUACUGGAUUAGUUGAGCUGUAUGGCAAGAAUGCCAGAUUAAGGGAGUUAGCAAACCUCGUUGUUGUUGGUGGUUAUGUGGAUGUGAAGAAUUCCAAAGACAGAGAAGAAAUGGGAGAAAUUGAGAAAAUGCACGAUCUUAUGAAAAAGUACAACUUGCACGGUCAGUUGCGUUGGAUAUCGGCUCAAACAAAUCGAGCGCGUAACGGUGAGUUGUACCGCUAUAUUGCAGACACAAGGGGUGUUUUUUUCCAGCCAGCAAUUUAUGAAGCUUUUGGACUUACUGUUGUGGAGGCCAUGACUUGUGGGCUACCAACAUUUGCUACCUGCCAUGGUGGCCCUGCUGAAAUCAUUGAGCAUGGCAUAUCUGGGUUUCACAUUGAUCCCUAUCAUCCAGACCAGGCUAGUACUCUUUUAGUAGAUUUCUUUGAGAAGUGCAAGGAGGAUCCAAGCCAUUGGACUCGAAUCUCGGAAGCCGGGCUCCGAAGAAUUCACGAAAAGUAUACAUGGAAAAUUUACUCCGAACGACUGAUGACUCUGGCUGGAGUCUAUAGUUUCUGGAAGUAUGUUUCGAAACUCGAAAGGCGCGAGACGCGUCGUUACCUGGAGAUGCUCUACAUUCUGAAGUUCCGUGAUCUGGCAAAAUCUGUUCCUUUGGCAAGUGAUGAUCAUUGAGCUUCUGGUGGUCAAGGAACUGCUUUACAAAUGUGGCAUGUUUCUGAGUUUCCAUGGUGAUGGGGUAUGGUUGUGUAAAAAUAAAGUUGUGUUUUAUGUAUAUAUUUUAAUUUAAAGUCUUGAGACAGGUAACUGGAAGCCUAGAGCUUUUAUCUAUUUGUUGCAAGUCUGUGACAUUGACUGCUUAGCAACUUUGGGGGAAAAACUGCUUUCCAGCAUUGCUCAGAACAUGGUUUUAAGUUUGCAGUAUUAAAAAUCGCUUUUGAGGGUUUUUUUUUUUAGGUUA